ACUUCUAAAGUUCCUCCAUUUGACUAGAUUGUGCUGUACGAUGUAUCCACAUAAUCCUUAUUUCGGUUUAGCUCCUCAGUAUUAUGGAUUUGUCGGCAUUACUCCUAUGGCACCCAUGGCCAUACCCCCUCCUCCAUUAGUUACUGUACCUACGGUUAUCCCACCACCAAAUGUCGCUGCACCGGUCGUGACUCCCGUUGCUGAAACUCCAAUUUAUGUAAGGGAAAAGCCUCCAGUCACUACUGUCUUUGUCGGUAAUAUAGCUGAAUGUGCUCCUGAUCAACUUAUUAAAACACUUUUAAUGCGUUGCGGAAAUAUCCUUAGCUGGAAGCGAGUUCAAGGAGCGUCUGGUAAACUCCAGGCUUUCGGAUUUUGUGAAUAUGAAGACCCGGAGUCCACCAUGAGAUGCGUACGUCUCUUAAAUGGAUUUAAAGUCGGACCUAAGAAUCUCUUAGUAAAAGUUGACCCGAAAACUGAGGAUUUGCUAAAUGAGUACAGAAAAAAGAAAGAAAAAGUGGGUGAAGAGGGUACUUUAGGUGCUACUUCUGAGGAAAUCGACCAAUCAACCCAACGGGAUGAUGAAACUGUUAAGACAGCGCUUGAAAACAUUAUCAAAGAGAACGAGGCUAUGUUGGAGGAUGAAGGUGCUACCAAAAAACAGGACCUUCACAUGGAGGGACCACGACAUCUAACUAUCGAGGACAUGGAUCUUGACAAUGAUCGUAAAGAUCUUAUUAACCGUGAAAUCGAGAGCUUUCGCAAACGAAACGAGAAGGAAGACCAAAAUGAUAACAAACAGUCACGCUCAAAAGGUCUUGAUUCUGGACGCUCAAGCUCGACAAACCUGCAGUUACAUUCAUCGUAUUCUAUGAACGACCGGGCUGAACGUGAAUAUCGUCGAGACAGAGGUCGCCGAAGUAGGAGUCGCUCAGGUUCGUUGACUUCUAGGUCACAGAAACCAAUAACUAGUUGCUUUUUAACGUCUAACAAGGAUAUCGAUAAUGAAGAAGAAUCAAUCAAGAAGAAGCUAGAAAAAAAGCUACGUGAAAAAGAAGAAUCGUAUCAAAAGAAACUGAAGCAGUGGGAAAUUCGUGAGAGAAAAAAAGCUAAUGAAUAUGAACAUGAGAGGGAGCAUGAAAGGAAACGACAACGUGAACUUCAGAUCGAAGCUCAACGACUGAAGGAGUUUUUUGAAGAUUAUGAUGACAACGUGGAAGAUCCUAAGUAUUAUAGAGGGAGUGCUUUCCAUCAGCGUUUGAAAGAUCGUGAAAUUGAAGAAGCGGCUGAUGAACGUGAUCGACAAAAGGAAAUUGAGCAACUUGAGACAGCUCGCCGAAAGCUAAUCGAUGAAGGUGAUCCAAAUGCAGAAUCCAUUAUAUUUCAAAUGGAACAAAAAAUGCAGGAGCACCUCAGAAAAUGUUUACUGGUUAAUGGUGAUAUGUCGAUUGAAUCAACUGACAAUCAAUGUCCUGAACCGGUUAGUGAAAAUUUGCCGAACGCUGAAGAAGAGUCUAAAAACCUCGAGUGUGUGGUUAAGUCAGUUGAAACCAAUAAUUUAUCACCUGCGUGCAAUGGCGUUACCUCUGAGUUCGAACCUGCUGCUCCUGAAGAGACAACUGUCAGUUUACUGAAGGACGGUUCCAAUACCUUUUUAUUUUCAAUGAGUACAGUUGAACCAGUUGUUCGCAAAACUGCAUCGGCGUUCGCUGACGAGGAGCAGGAUGAAAAACCGAAAAAACAUGGUCUUUCAUGGCUGCCACCAUCAGCUUUAAAGGCUAACUCAGUAACCAAUACUUCAAAUGGGGGUGACUCAAACAACUUACCACCAGUUUCAGCGUUGUCUACGGAAGAAAAGAAAGCAAUUAUCAAAAGGAUUAUUGAGGGGAUACCAACUCACAAAAGAGAACUGUUUGCCUAUCCUAUUGAUUGGGAUAUGGUUGAUUCUGAUUUCGUCAAUUCUCGGAUAAAGCCUUGGGUAGACAAGAAGAUUGUAAGCUAUAUCGGUGAAGCAGAGGCAACUUUAUCCAGUUUCAUAUGCGAUCAACUUCUACAUCACAAUCCACCAGAACGUAUUCUUGCUGACAUUGCCAUGGUUUUAGAUGAAGAAGCAGAAGUAUUUGUUGUAAAAAUGUGGCGCCUGUUAAUAUAUGUGAUUGCAGAGAAAAAAGCUGGACUAAGUGCAUAAAUAUCAUACUCAGAUAACUUAAUUUUGUACAAAUGUUUUUUAUUCUGAUUUGUAUAAAUAAAUUGUAUAAAUUAUCGAAGACUUAUUUUUAGUGUGCGUUGCUUUAUC